AGGGGUAACCUUAAAAAAAAAAAAAUCAAUAUACUUACUGGACCCAAAAUUAGAACGCUGGUUAAUUGUGCCGCAAGCACAAGUAAAUCAAUCAAUUACGCAAACAAAGACAGUUAUUAGGUUCGUUAAAUCUUUCUCUGCGGCGUUACCAUUUUUUGGAUUUCAUCAAUUUUCCCAUCCCAAAUCCCAAUGUUCUACAACAACAAUCACCACCACUCUCUACCGAUCUCACUUUCCGACGACGAAACCGAUGAACUAGGUCGUAUGCGUGUUCGCGCUCGUCGUAAACGGAAGAAACUCGGCAAUAAACGUUUCAUCAAGAAGCUUCUUGUCAAAUACUGGAUGCUACUUAUCAUUCUUCCAGCUGCGUUUUUGCUAUUUUAUGAAGCUACACGAAUUGGUGGUCUUAGACCUAAUUCUCCCAACAUUGCAACAAUUAAAUCACUCAAUCAAGAUCAUCCUCAUGAUCUACCUAGUUCUGAUUUGGUUAAAGAAUUGAACACCAAAACUAACUUGAAUCGUCUUGAUCCUGUUACUCAUGUUAUUGGUGGUGUUAAAGAACGUUGCUUGAAGCUUCUACCACCUGAAAAACUAGAGCAACUAGAGAUUCCUGUGGAAGAAGAAUCUAGUUUACCUAUUGGUAAAGUCUUGUACAUGUCAGGGAAUGAUGCGUCUUUUGUAGGAGGCAAUGCUACAUUGUCUCAAUUGCGUGCAGCGGAUACAAGUUUUAAUUUAUUUACUGGAAAUCAAACAUUUGAGGAAAGACAGAGAAGUUUUGAGGUGAAAAAAACUGCAAUGGUACAUUGCGGGUUCUACAGUGUGGAUGGAGGGUUUAGGAUAUCUGAUGAAGAUAAAAGUUACAUGCAAGGUUGCAAAGUGGUGGUAUCUACUUGUGCAUUUGGUGGUGGAGAUGAUCUCUAUCAACCGAUUGGAAUGUCAGAGGCUUCACUUAAGAAGGUUUGCUAUGUAGCAUUCUGGGAUGAAAUCACUCUAAAAGCUCAGGAGUUGGUGGGUCGCAGAGUUGGGGACGAUGGAUUUGUUGGAAAAUGGCGUAUUAUUGUUGUUCAGGAUCUUCCCUUUUCUGAUCAAAGGUUGAAUGGCAAAAUUCCCAAGAUGUUAAGCCAUCGGCUUUUUCCUCAAUCAGAAUACUCUAUUUGGGUUGACUCCAAGUCCCAAUUUAGGAGGGACCCACUAGGUGUGUUGGAAGCACUCCUAUGGCGCACAAAUUCUGUACUUGCUAUAUCAGAACACGGAGCUCGCGGUAGUGUCUAUGAUGAGGCUAAGGCUGUUGUCAAGAAAAACAAAGCCAAGCCGGAGGAAGUUGAAGUGCAACUGAAUCAAUACAAAAAAGAUGGCUUGCCUGAAGACAAGAGAUUUAAUGGAAAGAAAGCUCUAUGUGAAGCCUCUGUUAUCGUGAGGAAGCAUACGCCAUUAACUAAUCUAUUGAUGUGUGUCUGGUUUAAUGAGGUUGUUCGCUUCACUUCUAGGGAUCAGCUCAGCUUCCCAUAUGUUCUGUGGCAGUUGAAAGCAUUCAAAAAUAUCAACAUGUUUCCUGUCUGCACCCGCAAGGAUCUGGUCAAUAGCAUGGGCCACAUACGCAAGGCAAAACCAUUGCAAAACUGAUUUAGUUAAAUUGGUUGAACUGUUGAAGCGAUGCCUACCUGUAGUUAUUUAACUCAUUCCUUAUUUCAUUUUUUUUUCAUUAGCCAAUUCAAAUCAGGUAUAUGUGUUGUUUUUCUAGCCUCUCUCUCAUAAUCGGUAAUUCAGUAUAGGUUGUAGCUUGCAGUGAUUGUUUACUAUGAGCUCUUUGAGUAGGUUAUUCCAGAAAAGAUGUACUUUAUUUGAUGAAACGGCAAAUCUUACAAUCAAGAGAUUUUGCUUUGGACUUGUUUCCUGACACGAAUUUCUAUGAGAUUGCUAAUAUUUUUUGUGUGAAA